GCGGGCGCCAGGGCGUAAGAUGGCGGCGCUCGGCGCAGGCGGCUCCGCCGCGGGGCUCGCGCGGCUCCGGCGUGUGGCGCGAACGCUGUGGGGCUGGCGCGCGCGGCGGGGCCUCGGGCAGGAGGCGGGAGCCGCGGGCGGAGGGGAAGGCGGCAGGCCCGCCUUUACGGAUGAAGCAGUUCAAAGCCUGCUCUGCAAAAUGACGGGGCUCAACCUGCAGAAGGUGUUUAGGCCGGUGAAAAUGGAGCUUAAACCGCCCAAGUACAAGCUGAUGACAGAAGCUCAGCUGAAAGAGGCCACAAGAAAAGCCAUUGAGGAAGCUAAAGAAAAACUAGUCAUGCCCCCUGUUUUGAAUGAACGAGAGCCAAUUGAUGAUGUGUUAGCAGAAGAUAAAUUCCUUGAAGGAACUGAAACUACAAAAUAUGUGUUUACAGAUUUAACUUACUCUGUUCCACAUCGUGAACGUUUCAUUGUAGUUAGAGAACCAAAUGGUGUAUUACGCAAAGCAACCUGGGAUGAACGAGACAGGAUGAUACAAAUAUUCUUCCCGAAAGAAGGGCGCAGAGUUAUUCCCCCAGUGAUAUUUAAGGAUGAACACCUUCCGAAUGUAUUUCGGCAAGACCGUCAUGAGGAUCUCCUUAACAUGUGCAUUGCUCAGUUUGAGCCAGAUUCACCUGACUAUAUCAGAGUUCAUCAUCGGACAUAUGAUGAUAUUGAGAAACAUGCCAAAUAUGAUCUGCUCCGUUCAACGAGACACUUCGGAGGAAUGGUAUGGUAUCUAGUAAACAGAAAGAAAACGGAUGGCUUACUAAUAGAUAUGAUCCACAGAGACUUGCUGGAUGAUGCUACAAGUUUAAUUACACUGUAUCAUAUGCUUCAUCCUGAAUGUCAAUCAGCAAAAGAAGCUAAAGUACAGAAACUUCAAGGAGUUGAUCUGAUCAAGGUAUUUGUGAAAACUGAAUCACAGAAAGAAGGCUAUGUACAACUGGCCCUCCAGGCUCAUGAAGAAGCAAUGGCUACUUCUACAGGCUCAUGAAAUAAAGCUUAUGAUGAACUAAGGUUCAAGUCUGUUUAUAAACAUUCUCUCUGUACGAUUUCACAAUAAAUGCUUAAAACAA